AUGUUCUUUUGGGAUUUCAGGUGCUAUUUUAAGAACCUUACUGUUGACAUAAAGGAUGUGAAACCAACUUCCCUGCUCAAAGAUCGUCUACGCGAAGUCGAGGGAAAUCCAGAUUUUUCAAAUAAAGAUGUUACUGCAUCUCAAACCUCUGUGGUUGCAGAAGUCCCUUCAGGGACCAUCCCUUCACUAACUCAUAUGGAACAACAACCUGAGAUCAAUAUCACAUCCCGAGCUAUGAGCCUUCCAAAUAUACUUAAUCAGUAUGCUGCUCCUGUCUGUCUACCUACAAACAACACGGUAGAAGAUGACAAAGUUGCUCUGAUGAUGCCUGAGCAAGUGCCCUCGUUGACCCAGGUUUCGCCAGCACAAACACAAUCAACAUCACCAUCUCCAUUUUCUGUUAACCAGCUUAUGGCGGCUAUUCCACGUGAAGAGAUAUGUUUCAAAAUAAAUCCAAAGCUCGGCUCCCUUGGUCCACAACUGCAAUAUAGCAAAAUUAUGGAUUUGGCUUUGGAUAAGGCUAACAGGGAGAUAAUACUCCCUGUUAUUCAAAGAAGUGUGACCAUAGCAAGCCGAACUACAAAAGAACUUAUUCUGAAGGAUUAUGCACUAGAGUCUGAUAACAAUACGAUAACUCGAUCCGCACAUUUGAUGGUUAGAACAUUAGCCGGAAGUCUGGCACAUGUUACUUGCAAGGAACCUCUUCGUGUUGCACUAUAUUCUAAUCUUCGGAAUCUCAUUCAGAACCUUAUGAGCGGCAGUUAAACUAUCGAGCAACUUAUUCACACGCUAAUCAAUGAUAACUUG